CAGAGCCGGGUCAGUGGCCCUGUUUGUGAGUACUUGGACCUUUUGGAAAAAGAACACUGGGUUACCUGCGACCCGGUCGGAAGUCCUGUCGAGUACUAUACUUUUUUAUACCGUUCGAGGGUAUACCGCCACUGACAGGCUGCAUACGCGUGCAGAUGCGUGCGGCCAGAGUGCCCAGUGCGAGUACGUUCAUACAUGUACAUGUACAAUCAUGUACAUCAGGAAGUCGAAAGUAAGUUUACGACUCCCUGACACACAGUAGCCGCACUUGAACGCAUCUGGCUCUGGCCCAGUGUUGCAGGAAUUGUGCCAGGUAGACGUGUACCCGGUUUGUGUUAAAUCUUAGAGCAGGUACUGCAUACCCUAUCAUAUCUGUGUACAUGGGUAGACAGAGUCAGUGUUGUUGCGUCCCACUCAGCACCCUUCUGGUUCAUUUCGGCACCAGCACUCUUUGCGUAUGCAGAGUUGAGUAGAGUGCAAGUUCGGACCACAAGUACACUGCAGCGGCUAGUAGCAAACCUAACCUGUGCCGUGAUGCCUGGCACGUGUGUGCAUCUACUUCAUCCCUGAGUAACACACCUGGUAUAUUGUGCACAAUAGGGCACAGUAAAUAAUCAGCAUGCAUCGCAGUUUUCUGCAACAUAUUCCUGAAGUCACUUUACACCUCAGAAGAAUUGCGUCGCUGACUGGAAUUCGAUACCGGUUUAGUUUCUCUCUGGGUCAUUAUCAAUCAUAGAAAACCCGUCAUACAAUAGGUUCAAGCUAAAGUACCGUAUCACCAUGGUAAUUACCUGGAAAUUCGGUGUGUUUUCUACGUUUUUGUUAAACAAGCAGCAAUGUGCAACAGAAAUUACCAUGGUGAUAGAGUAGAUGACCGUGUGAAGCGGUGUGAGAUGCAGCAAAGCUUGGUGACAUCGUCCAAGAUCGACAGGGAUGGCGGGUCACCUGCCGUGACGCUGUCGACGCUAUUGUCCAGUCCCGCAUGGAGCCUGUGGCGAAGCCCCUCAUUUGUGGCACUUGUGCGCGCAGUUUUCGUCGGCCACAGGAUAUUGCGACGCACAAGUGUAACGCUGUUCGCGCGGCCCGCGCGCGCUGAGUAUGGCGUUCCCCGCCCGGUGGACAACACGUCUCCUGGUCUGCCCCGUAUGGGGCCACAUAGCCAGUCAUGGCAGUGGAAGAAGGAAGGAAGCUUUCACUGUCCAGGAGCGACACUGACUCGCACUGCUAUCUGGUGCUCACGAGGUGUUUGUCGCGCUGCAAACGGAGCGUCUCUCAUUAGGCGAUUUGAUCGCAGGACGAGAGAGGAGCUGAUGGACGAUCUCUCCAAUGUUCCACUUGGUUCGGAGCGGCGCCGAGUGCUGACGUUGGGACUUGGCCAUUCAACUGCAGUGCCAGUCUGGCUACCUGCCCUGCCUGCGUUCCAGCCUGUGGCUGUAUCCUGCCAUCACAGCGCUGCGACGGUGUUUGGUACGACUGUGCUGAUGGCUCUGAUGCACAGUACUGCCCAGGCAAGGUCACACCAGCUCCAGGUCAAACCGACUGCCAGGUCCUGUCACCACCGGCACUGGGCUCAAUGACCGUGAACGGCUUGAUGUUCAGCAACACGACCACGUUUGUGUGCAGUCUCCCUAUGUCCUUAUGGGCUCGGCCGUGUGUACUUGUGAAAUCAACGGCCAGUGGAGCGGUGUGCAGCCAACUUGCGUCCUGACGACUGCUGCUCUGAGUGCGGCCAGUGACGAGCUAGUCAAGGACUCCGUCUCAGAACGCAUGACACAAACGUGUUAGCUCCUGCUCCAUGCCCAUUGUUGGAGCGACAGUCCUGGAAUCCAGAGUUGCAAGUGAGGUGGUGAUACGGCAAGCAGACGGUGGCAAAGUACGGCUUAAAAGCUCUACAUCUGGCAAGUGGCCGGCAUACCACCCCAAUGGACAUCGGAACAGUACACGUAGAGUAGCAUCUCUACGUGACAGGGUAUGAGCGCAAGCCAGUAUUGCCAAGCACUGGGGACCUUUGGCAAUCUGAAGAAUGUUUUGUCCGAGAAUCGAUCCUUGGAUCUGUGGCGUUGCAGUUGUGGUGCUCCCGACCCUCUUGGGGGACCUUUGGCAAUCUGAAGAAUGUUUUGUCCGAGAAUCGAUCCUUGGAUCUGUGGCGUUGCAGUUGUGGUGCUCCCGACCCUCUUGCGCGAUGGCCGCGGAGACCUAGCGAAAAGGUUCGAGACAUACGGCAUCUCAAUAUCUUCCACCACAAUCAGUACAUCAGCACCACCAUCGAGUGUAGCGACAUCAGCAAUAGAAGACGCACAUGAUAUCAUCCACCCUUACGGCCUUAGCGAAGACCCGGGAAUACCUGAGAAGAUUUUAGCCGCAACUUUACUGGAAAAGUCGUCGGUGACAACGGCACUCCAUAUUUUAGCUGCAUGCAGUUAGGUCUCUCAACAAGUGUACCCAAAGUUUUCAAGCUAAUACACAAGCAAAUUCACUAGGGGCCGAGUAUAUUUUCCUACACCUCUCCCUGUUUGUUGUUGUUAUUUCUGCAUUCAAAUUGUUUGUGUACCUGUACAUUUAUUACAGUAGAGCCACGCAUCCACAGCUGUUGUUUCCAAGGGGUCAGGCUCGUCAGUUAUACAAAACCUUUCAGCAAUCUGGCCUUAGGCUUAGUUCCUUGACUUCUUGUACCACUUUCUUAGAUGCACAUCCCACUGGAUAGUGAGCAAUACGUGUGUAGCAGAAUCUGUAUUCCAGAAAAGCAGAGACUCGAGUCUAUUGACACUGCGUUUCUUUUUAAAACGUUAUUGGCUGUGGUGUACCUAGAGGUAUACACGUACAUUCCUGGGUCCCACGUUCUGUGACGCCCGACUGUAUUCGUGGUGCCUCAACAACUUUUAAUUUUGUGCGCUCGGGAAAACCUGCCGGAGGCUGUGAGGCUGCAGAGUGUUGGCUGUGUUUUGCUUUAAAAAACCAUCAGGUCUCCCCAGAUUUUCUAGUCUGGCCCUGAA